AUGGUAGGGGCAUUCAACUCUGUGUUUUAUCAUGCACCCAACGUGGAGCCAGAAGAUGUCCCUGGGUUCAUGAGGUAUUGUCUAGCUAUUGUGGACAGUCUACACGAGCACCAUACUACUGAAGAAGCCACGGCUUUUCCUGCUUUUGAAGCUAAACUUGGAAAGGGCACUAUGGAUGGCAAUAUCACGCAGCACGCAGAAUUUAUGCCCAAGUUCAACGAAUGGUCGGGCCUCUGUAAAAGUAUAGUAGCGAAGGAGACCACGUACAACGCGGCUGAAUUCUUGAACCCUCUAAGGGCCAGUAUGGACGCACUACAUCCUCACUUCGUGGAUGAGAUUGCAACACUGGAGUCUUCUGUCUUAAAGAAGCAUUUCAGCGAAGCUGAGCUGCGUGAACUUGAGAAGCUAGUCAAUACCGAUCUGGACUUCAACUCAUGGUUCCCACCGGUUCCUGCACCAGCUAUGUUUGUUUUACGACACGUUGUGAUAAACUUUAUGGGCGACAUGUGGAAAUAUGGCCAGUGCGACAAGUACAUGCGGCUAAAAGACGAGUUCAAAUCUAUGUAUGGCCUUUAA